AUGCCUUCCUUCCUCGACGGCUACAACGCCUCGGUCUUGGCGAUUCCAGCCUACCUCAUCCCUCCUCCAUAUUCAGUCUCGUUCCUGCCUCACGCUCUCGCUGUGAGUGUCGCUACUCGAGGCAAUCUCCUCGAGUGGGACAACCGAAGCCCACGCUCCAACGACAUGAAGGCCGAGCUCAAGAAGCGCCUGCCUGCUGAGACCUACGCCAAGUACGAACGUAUGGAGGCCUGUCACGCCAACGGGAUGGAGAACCUUCCUCUCUUCAUGGGCGCCGUCAUCCUCGGUAACAUGGCUGGCCUGCCGCAGGGCGAGCUCGCUUCGUUCAGCGCUUCGUUCCUAGCUGUCAGGGUCGCCUACACUGCCGCCUACAUCACCACUUCGACUCAGGCGCCUACGCUUGUUCGCAGCGGACUUUGGAUUGCAAGCGUCUCGCUGUGCUUCCGCACUAUCAUCCGGGCUGCUGGAGCCAUGGCCACCGAGGUCUAG